GUAUGUUUUCUGUUUUCCCGUCGUGCCGUGGAUGAAGCUGUUGGGCAUGUCGGUGGCCACCGACGAGCGAGUGUGUGUGUGGAGGCAGACUUGGCCCCACUGGGCCAUUUCUUUGCCUUUGCGGAUCACAAUUUGACCAUGGGCAUGGCUGUGAAAGUGAAAGGCCCGAUUCGGGUUGGAUUGUAUGACAUCGAAAGGACAAUCGGCAAGGGAAACUUUGCCGUCGUCAAGUUGGCCAGACAUCGAAUUACAAAAACAGAGGUGGCGAUCAAGAUCAUCGACAAAACACAGCUGGAUCCGGCCAACUUAGACAAAGUGUACAGAGAAGUUCAAGUCAUGAAAUUGCUCAGUCAUCCACAUAUCAUUAAGCUCUACCAGGUAAUGGAGACGGAAAACAUGCUUUACUUAGUUUCGGAAUACGCUAGCCAAGGAGAAAUUUUCGAUUUCAUCUCAACGCACGGCCGCAUGCCAGAGCCCAUGGCAAGGCGCAAGUUCUGGCAGGUGUUGUCAGCCAUAGAAUACUGUCACAACCACAAAGUAGUUCACAGGGACCUGAAGGCAAAAAAUUUGUUGCUGGACACCAACAUGAACGUAAAACUUGCAGACUUUGGAUUCAGCAACUUCUUUUCUGCCAACAACCACUUAACCACAUGGUGUGGAAGCCCUCCCUAUGCAGCCCCUGAAGUCUUUGAAGGAAAAAGAUACAUAGGCCCAGAGAUAGAUGUAUGGAGUCUCGGAGUGGUACUCUAUGUCCUAGUGUGUGGAGCCCUUCCGUUUGAUGGCAGCAACCUCCAAGUCCUUAGAAGUCGUGUCUUGUCUGGCAGGUUUAGAAUCCCCUAUUUCAUGUCAUCAGACUGUGAGAACCUGAUUCGCAAGAUGCUGGUACUUGAGCCCAGCAAGCGACUGAGCAUAGAGCAGAUCAAGCGCCAUCGGUGGGUGCAACCUGAGGGGGUUCCUGCGCCCUCAGUAACCAUCAGCAGUGGGGCUUCGGACCGAGAAGCUGCCCGGAUGGGGGACUUCAAUGAGCAUAUUGUACGCCUCAUGCAGAGUCUGGGCAUUGACCCCAAGAAAACCAAAGAGUCUCUGAUGAAGGAGUGUUACGACCACCACACGGCAAUCUACUUCCUGCUGUUGGAGCGGUGGAGGGCCCAUCGGCCCUCGCUGCCCGUAGCAGUGCGGGCAGCACUGGACCCGCCUCCCACCCGCCGGCCCAGCUCGGUGGCAGAGCAGGCCCUACGCCGCAAUGAACCCGCAAAUCCCCAGGCCGCCUAUGCUGUGCAUGCCCACCCAAGCAUAAGCUCGGUCCGAAACCACAAGUUUAGCCAGACUACUGAUGGUAACAUCACCACGUGCCGCGUGCCCGUAGUGGCUGUGAAAGGCCAGCCAAGCAUUCAGCUGCAUGGCAUGCCACGCAGCCAGGGACCCCUCAACCGCACCACCAUCUCUAUCGAUGAGGGCCUCGAAGAAGACAUUGGGGAAAACCCAGACUCCCGCACCUCCUCGCCCGUGCAGUCCGUCUGCACAUACCCAGAAAUCCCUGAAGCCCAUCGUGAUAGCCCUCCCCUGUGCAAUCUGACACAGCUCCUCAGCCUAUCAGACUCUGGCCCUCCGGCCAGCUCCUCCAGCUUCGAGAGCUUCGACUCACAAAUCGAGACAGAUAUCGCAGGGUUUGCAUCACAAGACCAGAGCUUUUCUGACACAUCAGACCUUCUCGGCAUACUGCCCCCUACAGACAUCCUUCCUCAGACACGGCUAGGUGGGGAGGGUCCCACCUCGAAGCUCUUCACAACUUAUCAGGAGUCGGGUCAACCACUAGUCGACUACAGGGAGGGACGUCGUGCUUCAGACGGUCUUGUGAGCAUUCCCCGGAGCUGCUUUCAGAGGCCACUCAGUGAGAUGGAGAGAGCCAAGGGAUUUCUGCAACUCCACCAGCUGCAAAGCAAAGAAGCUGCAAAACACCCCUGCUACGACUGCCAGACAGUAAAAGAGGAAGCCUAUCUGCCAGCACCAAAGUUCUGUCCACCAGCACCCGAGAGUUGCAUCACAGCCAAACAGAAACACGUGCCCGGUCCCGAGGAUGUAGUUCCGCUGACAAUGUGGAGUGGUGACAGUGGGGGAAGAGGGAUGUUACUCAGUCAAUGCAAGCCCCUCCAGCAGCAAGUGCUGUACCAAAGGCUACAGCAGAAACGGUCAGUGUUUCAGCAAGCACUCCAUCGAAGGCAGCUCUCGUUCAAGCAGUCCCUGCCUCCUAUCUCUGGGGAGUUGAGUCCGUCGCAGCCCGAUCAGCAGUUCUCCUUCCAGCCCAUCACAGAAGACAACUUGUCGUCUACCGUCCCGCAGCAAACAGACUGGCCCUCAGCUGCGGACCCCCCUCCACGUUACUCGCCGCAGCCCCCUUCACUGUCCAAGCCAGAGCCACUGUCUUCAGGUUCGCUUGGGCAACUUCCAUGUGAGGACGACAGCGGUUGUGCAGGACGCUACUCAAAUUAUUCAGACUCAGAGGUGGGGAGUACCCCAGGACUGUCAGCGUGCUUGCACUUGAGCCGAGCAGCCAACCCUUCUAGUCACCUGUACAGUGAGAGGCUGUCUUGGACUCAGGCUGGCUGGGAACACACUGGCAGCAGCAGGGCCUAUGAGGGCUCUGAGCAGAUGGACACUUUAUGACUGCACACCAUUCACAAGUAGCAUGGUGCAGUCUGGGAGUAUCCUAAAGGUUGUUUCCUUGUUUUCUGGGCACAGUGUGUGUAGAGCAAACAGGUUCUAGUCUAGACAGGCCCCACUCCUGUAUUAGGUUAAAUAGCAGUCCACAGUAAGGCUGUUGCAACAAAGUAAUGUUUGUUUAACCUUCAUGACCUCAAGCAGUGCAGAUUUCGACAGGCCUCUGAAUUCGCUAACAUUUCAAACCUUACUAAUCGGUUAUAUAUGGGGCUGCUACCUUGGAUAUAUCCUGCAGUUUUCACUAAAGGACAUUAGGUCCUUCACAAUCAACCAUAAUUUGCACCGGCAUAUGCAAUAUGCAAGUAGUGUAGGAAAGUUAUGUAGUUUCAUGAGACCACGCGUGCACAACACUGCGCAUGCGAGAGUACGUGAACACAAGGUGUAUGUGUCCCUGCAUGUGGCAGCAGUGGGCCAGUAUGCCAUCAUGCAGGUUCAGCACUGCUCCUGGUCAUCAGAUACCUACAUGUUUACAGUGUAGAUGGUCACUGCAAGAGGCAGCAAUGGAGUACAGCCUAGAGCACUGCACGGGCUCAGGCUUACCCAAAAGCCCAAGCCUGGCCAGGUAAAGCCUUCUUUUUUGUGGGCCUGGGCUGAGCUCAAGUUUGACCAUUCUGGGCCCUGGCUGAACCCGGGCCCGUACAUUGCAGGGUCUAGGUUGGGCUCGAGCCUGUGUUACCCCGCCGUUAGUUAGCCACCGUGAACUUUUACUGCCCGCUACACUGGGCUGGGCUGGGCUGAACCAGGCUGUGAAACCUAGAAAUGUUUCGGGCUUGGACGAGUAAAUCAAAGGAAGGCUGGGCUCGGGCCAAGCCUGGGCCUAAGAAUGCGACCCGUGCAGUGCUCUACUACAGCCGCUGUCAGACUUAAUCACAACAUGGCGUUCUCAGCCGCCAGUGCCACAGAGCAUUGGCAACUGGAUUUGAGACUAGUUCACAAUGUGCAUGUAGCACAGCCAUGAGUGUGAAGCAGAGACUGAUUGUAGGUGCGAUCACUGCUCAACUGAGCUGCUGUUGCGAGGUGGUGUACUAUGUCUCAACCCAGUCUCAUACUUGUCUUGGAUGCAAUCUCAAACCGAGAGGUUAACGUUCUGUGGGGCUGGCGUCUCCACAGGCCAUGUGCUCACACAUGACGCUUAGGUCUGAUGGUGGCUGUACAUUACCUCAUAUCAGUGUUACCAUGAAAAAAAGUCCGUAACAACAAUAACUGUGAAUUGUGCCCAGUGUAGUAUGCAUAGUGUGCGCAUAAUGUUGCUUUCAGAAACUACCGGUUUGAAAGUUAAAAGAGGGAAUAUGAGCCUCUAAGUCUUACUGCUGUUUAACUGUUUGCCACUGAUCAUACUGCCUACUGCUCAGUUACAUGGUACAAAUGAAUUAGGCAUGAUCUGUACCACAGUAUACCAUGUUGAAACCUACUACAGAGAGCAUAUACAUAAAAAGAAGCAAUGCAAACAUAUACAGCAAAGCAGGCAUUAGAUGACACAACUUCUAGGUGAUCCACUGACAAUUUCUGGAUGUUCAUGUCAUAGGCCAUGUCUUCUAUCUGUGCUCAGAAGUACAGUACCGUCCACAAGUUCUUUGACAGCCAAAAAAUGCUUUUUUUGCUUAGCACUGCCUUUGAGAGUGCUCAGAGAUUCGCUAACUAUAAUGACACCUCAAUCUUAAGGACAAGUAUUGCAAAAAAUUGCACGUUUGUCUCAUAUCUGCGUAACACGAUACUUUUGGUUAACAUCCACACACAACUAGGACUGAGGUGGGAUUUGGGACAUCUCUUGUAGCACUGGAGUUUCAUUACAGAAAAAAAUAAAAAGGAAAGAAAGGAGUGCGGGGGGGGGGGGGAAAGAACACAAAACAUUUCACAAAAUGUCACUGGAAGAAACUUACUGGGUGUGUAUACCCAGCAAUGAUUUGUUGCAGAACACAUUCUGUCUAGGUGUUAUCACAUCAGCAAAGUUGGCAUUCAAGGCACUGCGAAGAAAUCUCGGACAAUUUCAGCGAACUGUCUGGAGCUCGUGAAUGGUACUGUAUGUUAUAAAGGAAAAAUCUUUAGGAGUCCACCUUUGUACAUAGAGUAUUGCCAGCUGAAGCAUGAAACCACUAGGCUAACCGUAGCAGUGCUAGUUGUGUCUGUACCUCGGUGUUAGAUUGUGGAUAUGCACUCCAGAGAUAGAGGCAUAGAUGACUGGUUCCUUGCUUCAUCUGUAUGAAAUAGUAUGAAAUAUGUUUUGAAACACAAACCUUGUUGUCAGCAGCUUAGAAGACGACUACAAUUCUGUGCUGUUUGUGUGUGUGUGGACUAGGCAGUGUUAGAAUAGUGUACGGAACCUACCAGGCUGAUGCACAUAUGUGAUAUUUAAGAGCAGCUGUGUGGGCACCCAAUUAGUGAGACGUUCCGAGAUGGGCCUUUGGACAUGCUCGUAUGUCCGGUCCUUUUUUUAUAUAAAUGAUAAUGUGAAUGUUUUGUCAGUGUAAAUCAUAUGUUGAAAGUCUUAAGUGGUGUAUUUAAAAGAUGAGCAAAUUAUUGUAAGCCAGAACUGUUCUGGGGCCAACUGCAAAUGGUACACAAGUGUUUUAUUAUUAUUAUUUAUUUAAAAAAACAUUUUCUUAUUGUGCACUUCCACAGUGUCCCCUUGAAAAUGGUGUCGUCGUUACUAUCAUCGGCUUCUUCUGAUAAAAUUCAUAGGCUGUGGUAACACACCUGCUAUGUGACAGCAACAUUGCAGGUGCAGUUAGCAUGCUUCUGUCUCAUGAUGAGUAUUAUACGAAUGUAUGAGAAAAGAAGAAAGUCAAAAGAAAAAAAAAUGCUUGUAGAAAUUCAAACAUUACACUUUGCCUGUUCCUGUGACACAUACUUUCCAUCAAGGCUACUUCGAAUACCAUUUAUGAAUGGUGUAGUAACGACUGGAAACUAACAUCUGCAUUAGUACGCUGUGGGGUUUGUGCACAUGGACACUGGUAUCACCUGCCUCCUGUCAGGGUGUGACGGGCACGGAAUAAAGAAGGAAUAGGUGACAAACCACUGUGCACUGUUAGUUGUCAUUAUACUACUUCUUCUUUCGUGUCAAGAAUACUGCAAACGAAUGUCAAACAAAAAUUUUCUGAUACUUUCCGAUUGCAUUGCAAUGUGAAUUGAAAAAUGUGGCACACUCAGCAGGCUUUUGUACCAGCAUGAGAAGCGUAGUAGGUUUUCAUGCUACAGAAUGCUCUAGAUUUACGUGCAACUUCGAUUUACACUGAGGAAACAUUGUACAUUAAACAGUGCUCUAGAUGCUCUCAGUGUUUGGAGAUACAGAUUCUGCGAGGGAGUACGGGAGGUCUGCAUCAAUAGUGACACAAACUAUAUUUUCCCAUUGUAUGUCCAUAGCAUGUCGACGCUGGUGGUUGACCUUCAAAAUUAUGUGGCAGAGUGAAAUGUACCAUGACUAUUUAUACUGAGAGAGGCUGUACACUUAAGCCGAAGGCACAUUUGCCCGUCUGUUCUGUUCCAAUAUUUGCUGGUGACUGAUGAAUCUUCAAGCAGACUUGCCUGUGUGAUUUACAUGCCAUAUUUAUAAACUAAGUCAUUCGCCUGCUGUGAGAAAAAAGAAAAAAAAAGAACACUCACCUCUUUUGAAAUGCACUUGGCCUGAACUGCUAGGGUUUUAAAUGAAGUGGCGAGAGUUCCACAGUUCUCUUACUUUGCGCUUUACUGCAAUGCCAGAUUGAAUGCUACAAAGUACAGGGCAAAGAGGGGGAGGCGUACCUUCUGCUAAAAACUGGCUUUCCCUGAUCUGGAAGAGUGUUUGCUUUUGGUAUUGGGAUGUUUUGCUUCACCAGUAUUGCAAUUCUUUGGCACGACAUGAAGAAAGGUAGACGCAGCAAAAUGCAGGGAGCUAGGCAAAAAAUAGCUGCGCAGAAGCGCAUCCCGCCGUCAGCUGAUCUGCUACUCGCCUCACGCUCAGUGUCGCAGAAGGGGGCGUGAUGCUGGUGUCUUCGUCCGUCGCCUGUGAUCUUUGACUGUUACUACAAGUUUCAAAUGAAAAAGGCACGGACGAGAGAGACAGAACGUAAUUUUGUGUGUCAUGUUUCGUGGCUGGAAGAAUUGGAAGGCUUUAAGCUUUCAGUUGAUGCACAUACUGUGUUCACAAAAAACGUUCCAAUACUACAACAACACUGGCUGUGAAUCUCUGUCAAAUAACAUCGCCUGUGACGACCUGGAAGACACCGUGUCUGCUUCCAUGAGCGAGCUGUGCAGGCAUAGACUCAUUUUUCUGUUUUUAAGUUCUGUCUCGUUUCACACAAAAAUGUUAGAACAUAGAAUAAAUACAGAAUUUUAUGGUUAAGGGCUUGCGACACCAUGAUUUGUGCGGUUCAUUAAAUCGUGCACAUAUGGUACUGCAUACCAGAGAAUUGAGGUAAAAAAAAAACACCUUCUAGGAUUCGCAGUUGGUGAGAUACAAGCUCCAAUGUCAGGGUUGAAAGAGCCUCCGUUAUUCUUAUUUGUUCUCAUAAGCAUUGGCCUCUUUCGUGGCCAGUUUUGUACGCGUCCUAGACUGCCUUUGCAGUAACACUCGAAAGGCAGGUCCGCACCGAUGCAGAUAGGCAUUUUUUUACAUUUAUCAGGGAUAACAGUAGUGUUGCAAUCCCUCUAACUUUCAUCAUUGCGAUGCUAAACAAUGACCAUUCACAGGCUCCUUCUUCACGUCUAUCGGCAUUGCUGUAGAGAUGACUGUGUCGUGCUGGUGGAGAAAUGGGCAGUGCAGUGAAGUCUGAGAGAACUGUUGCGCUCUAAAUUGGCUUCUGAUGAUGUGUGCGGUGAUAAUGUUGUGAGGAGAAAGCCAAAGUACAUGACAGUGCCAUUCCCUGAAGCCCCCUAUGACACCACUUCACUCUGUAGUCUCCAGAGUAGCUCGUAUUUUUAGAACUCUCUGCCAUUGCUGUAGACCGUAAUGGGUGGACGUUCUGAUUGUCAACAUACCAAAGGUCUCAAAAUUACCUGCUACGCUAAAAUUAAGGUAAACUUUUCUAGUUGACAAGCUUGCUCUUCCUGGAGUUCAUGCUCAUGGGGUUGGAUGAUGGAAUUUGCGUUUGCUGACCCUCUAAAUUUCAUGCCUACCUCAUUUGUGUAAAAAAUUAUUUCAGAAUUUUUAGUAGCUUCAUUUUGGAGGUGCAGAAUAUGGGCGAUCUGCAUUGAGUGUAUCAACCAUAAAAUAUUCCUUGCUGGAUAGCUAUUCCUUGAAAUCAGAACAUAAAAGUGCCAUUCUCACAAAGCAAAUUGUGCAAAGGCAUGUUCCGCAAAAAGAAUGUGAAACCACAAAGAAAAAUUCUAUUUGUACAGCUCGCGUAAAAGUUAACCUGAACGCCGUUCCAGCCUGCAAAGCAGAAAGAGAGCCACCCUGGCAGCGCCGAGUAGAAGACGGCACCUUCUUAACGAUGGUCACCCCACUAUCUGGAAUGAGGUGACCUAAACACCCUCCACCGUUAUUUCUUCUAAGCAGCAGCAGGGACUGCAGGCCAGAAUGGCAUUCACGUUAACUCUGAUGCGAGCUGUACAUUCUGGGAACUCUGGUUUUGACUGUGAAGAGGGAAUGAUGAACCUGGUUAGCUUGGUUAAUAUGUUCACAAAAUGCAGCAUGCUGCUCACGUGCUUACAAAAACCAUUAACUGUGUGAAAUGAUAAAUGCUCACAUGCAUCGACAUUGGGGUGUGAGCGAUAAUAUGAUGGAGCUGCCUACGUAGAUAUCCACAGGGAUCUCACCUUCACUCCAGGGCCCCCAACAUAUUAUCUUGUGCUUACACCCCUCCCGCCCCAUUCUGUCAAUUUCCGUGCGAGCUGCGCAUCGUGAAAAUGGUCCACCCAUUAUGGAAGACGAUGUCUCUACCAAUGGCAGAUGUCAACUUUGGAUAUGGAGCCAAGUAGAAUGUGUCGUACUCUGUCAGACGAGUUCGGACUAGUAGGGCUUUCCAGGACAAGUAGCUAAUAAAAGUGUACAAAUGU